UUUUUCCUUAGUUUAACUCUUUGAUUUCACCCACAGACGGCGCUGUAAGGUAUGGUGUUCGUCAACCUGACGGACUGAGUCUGGCCUUAGCUGUGUGAAAGAGCAGACGGCAUGGUUGUUACAGAAAUCAAGGUUUUGCCAGUGGUGAAUGGAACAAAAAGCAGCAAAGAAUUAGAAGCAGAAGCUGAGAAAAAGCAUCUAGAGAGAGAAAAAUGGGGAAGCAAAGCAGAAUUUUUGUUGUCUUGUAUCGGGCUGUCUGUUGGUAUCGGCAAUGUGUGGAGAUUUCCUUACCUUGCCUACCAGAACGGUGGAGGAGCUUUUCUGGUAGCCUACAUUAUAAUGCUGAUACUGGUUGGAAAACCGCAUUUCUUCGCAGAACUAGCUAUAGGCCAAUUUGCUGGUCUGGGAACGCUUCGCGUUUGGAGGUGUUUUCCACUAGCUAGAGGUCUUGGAUUUGCAAUGAUCAUCAUGUCCAUUAUGGUGGCUAUUUAUUAUAAUGUCAUAAUGUGCUACACACUGUACUAUUUCGGCCAGUCUUUCCGUUCUCAGGUGCCUUGGAAAGAAUGCAGCGAAUGGUGGGGAGCCGAUGAAAACUGUUAUGUUCGUCAAAGUAAUCAGACUCCAUGCUGGGAAGUGACAAAGUAUUUGGCGACAAAAUACUCAACUUUAGACAAUAGCACUGAAGACUUUGAUGAAUCAGUCAACGCAAACUUUACAUGGGAGGCAAACGUCAUAAUCGUACCUCUAGAAGACUACAACAAAGCUUUCAGCACUUGCAGAAAUGGCACACAGACAGCAUCAGAGCAGUUUUGGGAGCGAUAUGUAUUGCAGUUGACAUCUGGGAUCGAAGAACUCGGAAUACCCAAAUGGGAUCUGACUCUAACUUUGCUUGUUUGUUGGAUCAUCGUUUUCUUCGGACUCAUGAAAGGAAUCAAGUCAUCUGGCAAGAUAGUAUACUUCACAGCAACAUUUCCUUAUGUGAUUCUCAUCACUUUGGUCAUCUAUGGAUGCACUUUACCUGGAGCGUCCACUGGUUUGAAGUACUUCUUCAUACCUGAAUGGAGUAGGCUUCUAGAAAUUGAGGUGUGGAGAGCGGCUGCUGAACAACUUCUUUUUUCUCUGAGCCUAGGAUGGGGAUGCCUGAUAAUGUAUGCAAGCUACAACAAAUUUGACAAUAGACUUUAUAGGGACGCUGUGUUCAUUAGCAGUUUGGAUUUUGCGACUAGCGUAAUGGCAGGAGUGGUUAUCUUCGCUGUACUUGGAAAUAUGUCCACAGAGAUGGGGAUUGACAUUAGCAAAGUGGCAAAAGGAGGUCAAGGUUUGGCAUUUGUUACAUAUCCAGAAGCUUUGGCAAGGCUUCCCGUUCCCCAAUUAUGGUCUGUACUCUUUUUCUUCAUGUUAUUUCUGCUGGCCAUUGAUAGCGAGUUUUCUUACCUUGAAAAUUUCUUCACCGUUAUUUAUGAUGAAUACCCGCACUUGAAGAGUAAAAAAAUAGGUAUCACAUUUUUCUUCUGCAUGCUGUUCUUUUUGAUGGGCCUUCCUUGUGUUACGCAAGGUGGACAGUACGUUCUGAAUUUAAUGGACAGAUAUGGAGGUGGAUAUGCCGGCCUAUUUGUUGCUACUAUCGAAAUAACAAUGCUAAUGUGGGGAUAUGGGGUUGAGAGAUUUGCCGAUGAUAUCGAAUUUAUGUUAGGAUUUCGCCCUGGGUUGUACUGGCGACUUUGCUGGAAGUAUUUUUCACCUGCUAUACUUUUGUUUGUUCUAAUUUACAGUCUAAGUCAGCAUCAAAUCAUUGAGUAUGCAGGUAAACCAUAUCCAGUCUGGGCUGAAGGAAUUGGGUGGGUUCUGAUUAUGGUGUCCGUGCUACAAAUUCCAAUAUGGGCAGCCGUGGAACUGUACAAAAACAGAAAAGAUUUAAGGAAAGCAUUUCGACCUCAUCCAGACUGGGGUCCCGCAAAUUCAGAAACUCGGAGUUUAUAUCAGCAUCGAUUCCAGCAAGCCCCACCUUUAUCCCGUCCAGUAGAAGGAGUGGUUAAUUUAGGAAUGGAUCCUAUUCCAGACGCUUACAGGUAGCAAAGUCAAUAAAGAAUGAGAAGCAACAAAAUGACCCCAUCUUCAGUGCGUACAACAGCCAUUUCACUGGUAAAAUGAGAUUAAGAUGACAGAGCUUGUGUGGCCAAGUAUCACACAUCAUAUGUUCAACAAGAGUCAGAAUUACAUUUCUGCCAUUCGAGUUUCUUCGACACAUUCCUGUAAAGCGAUGAUUCUAGAGUUUAGCAAUUUUUAUACAUUUCAGUAAGUUGUUAUCGCCAUCAUGUAAAGUUGUUUACAAAUGUUUCUCAUUUUCUAAUAACUACAAUAAAAUUAAUACGUAUGAUAUUAAGAUUACUAAA